UUAUAAGUGAAAAUAUGAGUGACAAUUAAUCACACGGCUAAAACAUAAAGAAAAAUCCGAAAUUCAACAUUAAUAUUGAGCGGGAACAGUGUGACAAAAUCUGCACGGGCGGUUCGGCUUUAUUUUUUGUUUGUUUCCGCAAUUUUUAACACAUGUUUUGCAUUGACCUGUUAAGCCCAUUUGCUUUAAAAUUUGUUACGUUUGCUUAUUAGCGAUUGACAAUAUUGUUUUGUGAACUGUGAAUGAAGAUAAUACAAGAUAAAAAAGAGUUGUAACACCGUGUUAAGGAUAGCAUGUUCGUGACCUAAAUUAAUAAAGACACCACCACCACGCCGCCCACACAGCUGUUACACACAUAUACACGCAUACAUACCAGCUUACAAAAGUAGCACAAGUUAUUUUCUAAGUGAAGGUCACAGAAAUUGAAAUCAAAUCGCGGGCUUGCAGCUGUUUUGUUUGAGGCUCACAUGUCGCUAGCACGUGGAGCUGUUCUGACACAUUAGAAUAUGUUUAUGUGCAAUCCCUCCGAAAAAAGUCACGCCAUGCGCCACAAUAGUCACCCCAAGAAUUUAAUAAACAACAAUAGUAGCAACAAUGAGCACAACAAUGCACGAUUUUGCAAUAUCAAAGUGGAUAAUGCAUUUAAUUAUUAUGAUGAUAUGCCAAUGUGGAGCCAGAAAAGUCCAAACCAUAGUCAUAGCACAAAUGCUAGCCCAGCUAAGCGUCAAACUAAUCGGUCCGGCUAUACGAAUCCUGCCAAUUUAAUAACGGAUCCGCCACACUAUGCAUCCGAGACAUUUAUGAAAACUUAUGCGCCACGCAAGCUUAUCGUUGGUAACAACAACACGAACAUUUAUCAGCAUCUGCGACAUCAAGAGGAUUAUUAUGAGGAGCCAACCAAGACGCAUCGCACAUACAAGCCCAUCAACUUGGAGCUAGCAGAGUAUGCCAAGGCAACACAGGAACAGCGCCAGACAAGAGCUAGAAGUUCAUGCGAAUAUGUGGAAGAACCCGCUCAGUAUGCUUUGAAUCGAAGAUCGCCAUCGGUGGAGUCCUCGUGGAAUACGCUAUUCAGCGAUCGCCUACCGAACACUCAACUAUCAACCGAUCAACAUUACGAGCACUAUUUCUCGUAUUUUUAUAAUCGUGGCGCCGAGAAGCUAAAGAAACCUCCGUUAACGACAACAAUCAAGUACAAACCUCCAAUGAGCUUAUUUGAAGAUGCGCCCACCAAGCGCAACUCCAAUGCCAAUCGCAGAAUUGCCGGCGGAGCCAACAAUGAUAAUAAUCAAAAUGUUCCCUAUGAUAGUUAUAUACUAAAGGAGAAUAACGAGUUGCCCUUUGGCUAUAAUGAUGACGAUUGGAGUGCAUUGAGUGUUACAGAACGCGUGGGCAAAGAGACUGCAGCUAUAAAGGUGGAGUCGGAAUUUUGCAAUCUUAAGGAAGUUUAUGCCGCAACAGAAGCUGUUCAGGUGAAAUCUAAUACACAACAAGCCCAACGUCGCUACUGCCAGCAACAUGAUGCCAUCAAUACAAACGAACUGAAUCAUCAACAACAACAACAACAACAUGGCGAUACUUCCAGUAAAAUCUACAAUAAUAGUGUUAAUAAUAACAAUAAUGUAAAUAAGAAAGUACCAAAGUAUGUUGAAUCACAUGCAGCGCCACGUUUGCCACUCACACCAAAGAGAGUGCGAGGCGGAGGCGCUGCUGGUGGCGGUGGUGGUGGUGGUGGUGGUAUUGUUAAUGGUGGCGCCGCCACCUCUGGUGGUGCUCAAGCGCCUAUCAGAAAGGUAUUGCCCACUGUGCAUAGAGUGCUAUUGUACAAUAGUCAAAGUCCCCGUACGUCACGUCAAGGUGCUGGUGGUGAUCACAUCGCCAACAAAUUAGUGCUGGCCGAGGCCGAUGAUAAGUCUGUUGCCUCAGAUCGUGAGGACUUUGAUGAUGACGAUGACUUGGAUAACCUUUCCAAUUUUGAUGAGAGCGAUACGGUUAGCAUUAGCUCAGACACCGAGGAUGGCUAUCGAGCGCAUGCCUAUAAGCAGGCACAUGCAGUAGAUCGUUUGUCAUCAGCUUCUAAAAUUUCAGCAGCAAAGCUACUCUCCCAGUCAUCCGAUGAAGAUUUACGCAAUCCAGAGUCAUUGCUGGUACCAAGUCUGUUUCCAUAUGUACCGCCCUAUCUAUCCUUCUCGUCGAACACACAAAGAGGACCCAGUGUACCCCCUGAGCUGCACCGUGUGCUAAAAUGGCGCGUGACCAACAUUAUGCCUAAGGUGGUGCGACUCAUUUUAGCAAACAGUGGCAUGCGAAUGCUUAAGAAAACUAAUGACUGGAUGGGCGUUUGGGGCAAGCAUUUGAAGUCACCGUGCUUCAAGACAAUACGCUCAUAUCAGAAGAUCAAUCAUUUGCCUGGAUCAUUUCGUAUUGGUCGCAAGGAUUCGUGCUGGAAGAACUUGCAGAGACAGAUGAAGAAGCAUAGCAACCGUGAAUUUGGCUUUAUGCCACGCACAUAUAUAAUACCAAAUGAUUUAUGUGCAUUGCGUAAGCGUUGGCCCAAAUAUGCGCAAAGGAAUACCAAGUGGAUUAUAAAGCCGCCAGCAAGUGCACGUGGUGCUGGCAUCAGGGUGAUCAAUCGCUGGGGACAGAUACCCAAGCGUAGGCCGCUGAUUGUACAAAAGUAUAUCGAACGACCGCUGUUAAUUAAUGGCAGUAAAUUUGACCUACGCCUUUAUGUGCUUGUAACAUCGGUCAAUCCUCUGAGAGUGUUCAUGUAUCACAAUGGUUUGGCCAGAUUUGCUUCCGUCAAAUACAGCGCCAAGUCGGAUACGCUAAAUGAUCGUUGCAUGCAUUUAACCAACUAUAGCAUAAACAAAUUCUCAUCAAACUACUCCAAGAAUGAGGAUGUCAAUGCCUGUCAUGGCCACAAGUGGACCAUCAAGUCGUUGUGGAACUAUUUGGCAAAUCGCGGUGUGCGCACCGAUAGCCUCUGGGAAGCGCUAAGGAGUUUAGUAUUGCGCACCAUCAUUGCUGGCGAAACAGGCAUUAAUAAUAUGAUACGUGCAAAUGUGGAAUCAAAGUAUAGUUGCUUUGAGUUAUUUGGCUUUGACAUUAUACUAGACUCGGAUCUAGUGCCUUGGCUAUUGGAGGUCAAUAUAUCGCCCAGUUUGCACUCCGAACUGCCAUUGGAUGCGCAUGUAAAGGCGCCGCUAGUACAAGGUGUACUCAAUACAGCGCUCUAUAACGUGCCACCAAAACUAUCUCAGGAAAAGCAAAAGGAGUUAGCUGCUGAAUUGUCAUUCCCGAUUGGCACGCAAAUGUGUUAUGACAAGCGUCUCUAUAUCAAUUACUUAUCACGCGAAGAGAAAGCCAAGCAUGCGAUCUUUACACGCAAAACCAUGGAAAAUCGUCAAGAAUAUAUGGAUGCCAUUUUGCAAAAACUCACACCUGAUGAUGUGCGCUGUCUGAUUAUAGCCGAGGAUGAGCUAGCACGUUGCGCACCACUAGAACGCAUCUUUCCCACACACCAAACGUACAAGUAUCUCAAAUAUAAUGAUGCACCACGCUACUAUAACCGUUUGCUGGAUGCCUGGGAAUCACGUUAUGCCAACAAUCGCACUGAGGGCAUUGCCCUGCUGCGUGACUAUUGUCAAACUAAAUAUCACUUGCAAGUGCCAGCACCGCCUGCCAAGAAGGACUCGAGCGCUAGCCCCGAUGAGAACACCGCCAAGAAACCAUCAAAUGAUAGUGAAGACGAGUCAAGUGCAUACGAGAAAGCUUUACUUUCUGGAGAAAUAGCCGGAAAUUAAUUAUAUACAAAUUUAUAAACAAUGAUGUCGUACAUAAUUAUACUGGAAAAAUGUUAAGAUUUCAUUGUCAUUGUUCAUGUUAUUUUCCCAAAGACUGAACAUAAUGUCAUUUAUUAAUUGUUAACAUGUCAUUUGACAAAUGCCGGUCUAUAUCCAAUCAAAUAUUCAUUAGGUUUAAUUUUAAGGCUAUAAGCGUAUUCAAUGUGUUCUGUAACUAUGAAAAUUUUAUGUAUAAUGUAGCAUAUAUACAAAAUUGAAUUGUAUGAAAAAAUAAACAUUUG